ACUCCAUAUAUUUUCCUCUGAUCUCCACCGCCCCGCCCCGUCUUCGCAUAUAUUAUUCAACCCUCAUCAAUUUUUUUCCUUCUUGGCCGGAGUUGAAAAACUCUCUUUCUCUGUCGCAAUUUGAAUCUAGCUCGCCAACUGCAACUAUGGUUUGCGAUAAGUGUGAGAAGAAGUUGUCCAAGGUGAUUGUUCCUGAUAAAUGGAAGGAAGGUGCCAGCAACACUACUGAAGGCGGAGGCCGUAAGAUUAACGAGAACAAACUGCUCUCCAAGAAGAAAAGGUGGUCACCUUAUGGAAAUACAAAGUGCACUAUUUGCAAACAACAAGUGCAUCAAGAUGGCAAAUAUUGUCAUACCUGUGCUUAUAGUAAAGGAGUAUGUGCAAUGUGUGGAAAGCAAGUUCUUGACACCAAGCUAUACAAACAGAGCAAUGUAUGACGUGGACAUGGUUGACGAACUAACUUCAAUGUUACCUGAGCACGCUUAUCUUAGAGGAUUGUUCUUACUUUGUGAAUGCAAUGAGAACCAUUUGAUUCCGUAUCCAUGAUUCUGUAAAAAUACUAAAAUAGCUUGCCCCGUAUGAAGCGCUGUAAAAUGGGUGAUCUUUUGAAACAUUAAUUACAGCCUUGUCUUUGCAAAUUGAUUUUCUGUGAGAAGUUCAGGCUUGUUAUCAAUCUGGAGUC